GCGACCGAGCAGCGUCUUAAUCUGUUGCUACCUCGUAAUCCCGACAUUUGAAUACAGCCUGACUCCAUCAAUGAGGCCAAUCGCCACGACAUGCCUCUUCGCUAUCUUACCAGCUAAUCACUGGUUCUCGUGUUGAUUGCAACACCGAGCCUGAAAUAAAGGCAAUGGGUAAGGCAUAAUAAUCAUGCGAUGGCAGCUUCGUAACAUAGAACCGACCAGUUCUCUCAACCCCUAUGAGUCGACGACGCAAAAACGACAGCAUAUAAAGCCUCUACCUGAAACCACAUUAUCCACACAAUCAUCUUUAUACAGAUGGACUAUAAGUAUCCCAUGCCACCUCCUUAGCCGGCGACCGAGUGUACUGAAACGAGCGGUUUCACCUGAUGGAUAAUCUCGAGUGCCGACCUAAGAAUCCUGUCUGUGACUUGUAUAAAGAAGAAGGAUAGUAUCCAUACAAUCGAAGCGGUUAGCAACCGUGGUGUCUUGAAGCCGAGCAGUAGGAGAUGGCAAGUCCGAUUAGGUAGGGCAGAUAGGAGGCCUCAAAUGUCGUGGGUCGAGGAUUAUUAACAGUCUGAUGGGAAAAUGAGAAA